ACGACCGCAAAUUACGUAAGAAUGAUGAAACGACGCAGGUGCCGAUGAAGAAGAUCAAGGCCUCGUCUGUCCACCGAUUGAGCGGAGGUGAAAGUGUCGCUUCUUCAUAUUGUGUUCUGCAUCCGACGAAGAACCGCGUAAAAAUGAAGACUUGCUGUUCACUUUUCGUAGUUGCACUUUUUCUUCAGACCGGCGCUCAACAAAAUCCAUACUUCAACACGAGAAAUUCACCCCCAGCUCCAUCGAUCACAUGUCCCGAGAAAACUGGACGCUUUGCCACAUCCCAAUGUGACGCCUAUAUAGAAUGUGAGGAUGGCAAAGGUGAAGAGAAACUGUGCCCAGAUGGUCUCUUAUUCAACCCAGCCCUCGGCAUCUACCACCAGCCUUGCCAGUACCCGGUUGAGGUCGACUGUAGCGGAAGAGAGGCAACACAGCCGCCACAAAGCACGGAGGAAUGCCCGCAUCGGUACGGCUAUUUCCGCAUCGGAGACGCCGCCAACUGCGGCCAAUUCAAAAACUGCGUCGACGGACGCGCGUACGUCUUUGACUGUCCCGAGGGUCUCGCGUUCGACGAGCAAAGCUUGAGAUGCGACUGGCCCGACCAGGUGUCCAGCUGCGACGCGGAAGCCUACCUCGGAUUCACCUGUCCGCCGGGGGCGGCCCGGGGAGACUUCGACGAUAACAGCUACACGACGUUCAGAUCGGCGGACUGUCAUCACUACUACAUUUGCGUCAAUUCGCGACCGCGUCUUUACAACUGCGGCAAGGGACGCGCGUUUAACGAGCUGAUAAACGCGUGCGACGGGGCGGAGAACGUAACCGGGUGCGCGUCGGCGACGGAACGGCCGCAUUACACAACGAACGCUUUACGCUUUUAAAGAUUUGUGUUGAGUUCAGUUGUUGAGUCAGUUGAGCUUCAAAACACACGCUCACGCUUUCACGUAGAGUUGGUCUGGCGCAAUAUAAAGAGCAAUUUAAUUUCGUUAAUAAAUAUACCUAAUUUUUAA